UUGUCUUAUAUAUAUGGUGACACCACCAGUGGAAGUUAAGAGUGCAUCCACAAAUGAAAAACCUCUGCCUCACAUCCAACUUCAUUGAAACCUCUUGGGUGGGUGUUGGUUUUUAUAUAUAAUUCCACAUCCAACAUGAAAAGACCAGCACUAGUACUAUCAAUCCUCUGCAAGUGAGCAGAGGUGUGUGUUUUCUUUUAUUGGGUUUGGUUUGGGGAGGUUAAAGAUGGGGAGGAAGUGCUCCCAUUGUGGGAACUAUGGCCACAACUUGAGGACUUGCAGUAGCCACAGGAGUGCUUUUGGUGGUGGUGGUGGUGGUGGGCUGAAGCUGUUUGGGGUGCAAGUUUAUGCAGCUUCUGCUUUAAAGAAGAGCUUCAGCACUGAGUGCUUAAACUCUUGUUAUCUUGCUUCAUCUUCUGCUUCACCUUCAUCAUCUUCCUCAUCAUCUCUUGUUUCUACUGAGGGAGCCACUGAGAAGAUCUCUUAUGGGUAUCUAUCUGAUGGCCUCCUUGGAAGAGCACAGGACAGGAGAAAAGGAAUUCCAUGGAGUGAAGAAGAGCACAGGCUAUUCCUAGCUGGUCUGGAGAAACUUGGAAAGGGAGAUUGGAGGGGAAUAUCCCGUAAUUUCGUCACCACGAGGACUCCUACCCAGGUUGCUAGCCAUGCCCAGAAAUUCUUUCUCAGACAGAACAGCCUCAACAACAAGAAGCGCCGAUCGAGCCUCUUCGACAUGGUAUCAAGUUGUGAAGUUGCAGCUCAUCCCUAUGAGUUUCCGAGCUUGAAGGACCUUUCUCUCUCCAAUGAAUUGCAUGCUCCUACACUCUCUCUAAAGACAGUGGAUACCGAAGCAUCAGCGAAUAUCGGAAUCGACCUCAAUUCUGCGUGCCAUAGCCAAUUCACAAAGCCAUUUCUAUCUGAGGAGAAAUCUUGUAUAGAUUUGGAGCUCAGCAUUUCCUCAUCGAGGCCGUCGAAUUCGAAAUAUCUCGCCACGGAUUUCGCUCUCUGAGAACUACUAUAAUCAGCUAACUAGAUGGAUUAGUUUUCUCCAGGAUCAAAUGAAGGCACAAAUUUAAAGAGGGAACUUCACAUGUCAUAUUCAAUUUUUGUUAGUUUUUUUUCUUUUUUUUCCUCUUUCUUUUCCCACAUUUUGUGUGAGAUCUUAUGUCUGAAAACAUUAAGGUUUUCGUUUCUCGUUAAGUAAUUCGGAUUAACUGAAAAAUAACAGUACUGUUCAUGAUCCUUCAUCAAUCUUAUGGAACCUUUUCUUUAAUCAUGA